GCUCGUCCGGCAGCACUCCGACAGGGGUUUCCAAUUUUUCGGUGCCCCUCCGUCAUUGAGUCCCGUCCGCGGGCCCGGUCAAUCACAUUUCGGUAUCCGAACAUCUAUCAGAAGCUCUAGGUAAUUUGUUAUCGCCGCGGGGUCCGUUCUAUCGUAUCGUUAUCUCUAGUUUGUUUAGUUCCCUUUGCGCGUCGCACCGCGUCUCUUACAAUCCCACUUUCCACCCUUUCGCAAACUUUCGUCAUCGACCCAGAACGACCGACACAAUGGCGACGACAUCCUCCUCCCCUUCGAUGGCCAUCCCCGGCCAAUUCCUUGGCCCCAUCUCCAAGUUCCAACCCGGCCCUGGAACCCAUAUCCACGAGUCGAACCUCUACUCUUCGCUGCUCGGCGUCGUCAACAUCACACAGCCUGCCAAGGCGCCUGGUCCUGCCAAGCGCUUGAACAAGAUCAUCAACACCCAGACUACGCCCGCCGAGCUGCCGACCAUCUCGGUACUGCGCUCAGCGGGUUCGUCAGACAAGCGCGAGGUGCUGCCUGAAGUGGGCAACAUUGUGCUAUGCCGGGUGAUUCGCAUCAUGCCGCGCCAAGCGGUCGUGGCCAUCCUGAUUUGUGGCGAUACUGUUCUGGAGGCCGAGUGGCAGGGCCUGAUUAGAGUGCAGGACGUGAGGGCGACAGAGAAGGACAGGGUGAAGAUCUACGACAGCUUCAGGCCCGGUGAUAUUGUCAGAGCUGAGGUGAUUUCUCUCGGUGACCAAGCAAGCUACUACCUGUCGACAGCGCGCAACGAGCUCGGUGUCAUCAUGGCGACAAGCGAGGCUGGAAACACCAUGUACCCCGUCAACUGGAAGGAAUACAAGGACCCCGAGACCGGGCUAAGCGAACCCAGAAAGGUUGCGAAGCCCUACUGAACUCGGCGGGUAGAGGUUCGAAACGAGUGAUGAACAAAGAUGCUCAAGACGAAAUGCAUAGCGGAGUUACUGGCUUGAGGUACAGCGUGUUAUCAUGAUGAUACGGGCAUCAAUCCUGCUCGAGGAGCUCGCCGGGCAAUGGAAGCACCUCUUAUGGGCUUUCAAAUGCGGCGGCAGGUCGACCGUUGAAACGUC